AUGCGAUUCAACGCAAAAGUAGUGGUGGCAUUUGCCACAAUCAUCGGUGCAGAAUGGGUUCGAGCAGCUCCGCGUGUGACAAGAUGCACAGAAAAAUGUGAUGGUCAUCAGACCACUGGUCAAGUGACUGGUAUUAAACAUCAUCAACGUCAAAAUGAAUUUAAAGGCGGAAAUAUUGUGGGUGCAGAAGUUAACCAAUCAGAGAACCAAUUUGGCAGAAGUGAAAAUGGUAAUGAAAUAACAGGAGUAGAUUUAGUGAAAAGUGAGAAUAUUUUUGAGGGUGGCAAGAAAGGUGAAAAGAUAGAAGGAGCUGUGAUCAAUCAAAAAGGUAAUAUCUUUGGUGGUGAGUCGACAGAAUGUAAAGCAUCUCGUUGUAAGACUAAGAACCUCGUCGGUGAUAAUAACACAUCAGAGGAAGAAGAUCAUGUUAACGGAGAUUCAACCAAUGUCUCGUCGGGAGGUUCAGCGCCUUCUAACAAAAAUAACGCGGCUGGCGAUAAUGAAGGAAAUGAUGUUAACGGAGGUUCGACGAAUGUCUCGUCGGGAGAUUCAGCGCCUACUACUAACAAAGGCAAGGCUGGCAAUAAUAAAGAAAACUAUGUUAACGGAGCUACAACCAAUGUCUCGUCGGAAGAUUCAGCGCCUGGUAUUAACAACGACAAUGAUGGCGAUAAUAAAGAAAACGAUGUUAACGAAGAUUCAAACAAUGUCUCGAUGGGAGGUUCAGCGCCUGCUAUCAAAAAUAACGCGACUGGCGAUAAUAACGGAGAUCAUGUUAACGGAGGUUCGACCAGUGUCUCGUCGGGAAAUUCAGCGUCUACUACUAACAAUAACAAGGAUGACGAUAAAAAACAUCAUGAUAACGAAAGUUCAAUCAAUGUCUCGUCGGAAAAUUCAGCGCCUACUACUAACAAUGACAAGGUUUGCAAUAAUAACAAAGAUCAUGUUCACGAUGAUUCAACCAAUGUCCCGUCGAAGGGUUCAGCGCCUGCUACUAACAAAGACAAGGUUUGCAUCUAUGAAGAAGGUGAUGUUAACGAAGGUUCAACCAAUGUCCCAUCAGAGAGCUCAAAUACUGGUCGUAAUAAUGAAACCGACUCCGAUGAACCUAAAGUAGUAUCAUGUACAAGAGGUGAUGUCCAUGGAUGUUCAACAAACGUUCGACCGGAACCUCCUCACCUAGAAGUUUGUAAACAGGGUCCAAUGGGCUUGCCAUCUUGUCCUAAUAAUCAAUACCCUGUUUUUAAGUAUUAUCCCAAUGGAUAUCCAAUCUGUGUCUGUAUUAACAGUUAUAGACAGAAUACUCCACCAUCAUAUCCUCCCAUGAACGGUGGAGCUUUAUACCCAUAUCAAUUCCCUGGUUAUAUGCCUACAAUUUAUACUGGUUGUGGCCCGGGAAAUCUUCCAUCCAAUGUUUUCAAUAACGGUGUACCCAUUAACUUACCAGUUCAACCACUACCUGGUUCUCUCCCUGGAACAAACGGCCCUUACGGAUUUGGAAUUUCACAAUCGAAUGGCUUUAACAACGCCGCAUCCAUUAACUUUUCAGCUCAACCACUACCUGGUUCUUUUACUGGAUCAAAAAGCCCUAACGGACUUGGAAUUGCACAAUCAAAUGUCUUAACCGACAGCGUAUUCAUUGGCUCUUCACCUCUAUCACAAUCUCGUUCUUUUCCUGGAUCAUACAUCCCUUACGGAUCUAGAAUUUCACAAUCAAAUGACUUAAUCAACGGCCCACCCACUGACUUUUCAGUUCGACCACUAUCUGGUUCUUUUUUUGAAUUAAACAACCCUAACGGAUUUGGAAAUUCACAAUCAACGAUCCUCAACAACGAGGCAGGCAAUGUACAAAUAAUGCAACAAUCUGUUCCGCUUAGUUCAUACUACAGUCAAUAUAGUUCAGACAAAGCAUCCAACAGUGACAUUUCUCAAAGUGCUCCUCAAAAUUCAAUGUAUCGUACUGUAUCUGAUGAAAACAUUAAGAGCACCGGUGAACCUCAAGCGCGUCAAUCGGAACAAAGCGUUGAUAGAGCUAACUUUGAUGGCACAGCAUACUCUAUGCAAUUUCUACAAAUCGAUGAAAAUGGUGGAGUAGUGAAUGCAGCAGUGGUCAUUAAAAACAAUGAUAAGUAUGGAAAUCUUGCUAUCAUUGCAAACUCAUUUCCGCUUCCAGAACUAGGUCCACAAUAUAAACCAUUAGCUGAUAAUCAACUGCUUGAUAGUUAUUCUGAAACAAAUCAGAUGGAAAAGGAGUAG